AUGCUUCUCCAAAUUCUUGCGUUCUGCAUCCCUUUGGCUUCGGCCGUGGAGGAUGUUGUGAAAGAAGGCCUCCGCAGUGAUGACGAGUGCCUUGAUGGGCAGUGCGCGCUCAACGCGGUGCAACUUCAGCGGGCCUUGCGCAUCCCGCCUUCAUGCCCGCCAUUCCCGGAACCCUACGCGCCACCCAUGGACUGCGGAAGACACGUUCAGCAGUGCGGUGUGCUCGCCAUCGACACUGGCCUCGGAUUCUAUGGUGGGCUCAAUGGCUCUAAAUGCGCCAACUCGAGCUCGCCAACUGGCUGCACGGACCAGACGAACCCGCCUUACAGCCAGCCCAGGGCCAAGGUCCAUGGCCUCUGGUUCGAGACACCGCCAUAUGGCAACAGCAGCUGCCUGCACUCGCACGAUUGGGAUACCGCGUGCCAGAACCAAUCAUGGGUCUUUACGCCUGAGGCCUACUGCAAGGAGCAGGCGUGUGAUUCUGCAGGUAUUCCACAGUGUUACAGCGUCAAGAAACUCCCGACAUGCUACCAGGGCUACCGUGGGCCGUUUGCAGCGGGUGCACAAGGGGAACUUGAGCGGAGGUACAUGCUAUGGUUUGUCAACCACGAGUGGCAGAAGCACGGCACGUGCGGGCAACAAGACCCGACCGACUACUUCGCACAAGUAUGCCGCUUGUCCGGGCCGCUUGUCCGGGCCAUCGACUCGUACAGGAUGCAAGGCCUCGACAACUACACCGACGUGCACGCGAUCGCCUGCAAACUGAGCAAGGACUUUGACUAUGUGGAGAUUUCCUCUACCGGUGGUAGCACUUUCGGCACCAAUGGCGAGAUUUUGCUGAGUGCGUGCCUCAAUCUGGCCACAGGCCAGUGGCAUGUUGCACCGGUCUCGCAGUUUGAGAGGUUGUGUGGGGACCCCGCAUAUGUGCGCCCAGUGUUGUGA